UUUGUCAUUGAUAUUCCAGCGCUGAAAGUGAAGCUAUUGAUGCGGAGGCCAAUCAACCAAUUAGUGGCUCAGGGGAUAAUGCCUCCGCUUAAGACACCGCCGGCUUUCCAUGAACAACGCAAGCAACUAGAACGUGCAAAAACAGGAGAUCUAUUGAAGGCAAAAAUUCAACAACGACCAGAUCGCCAAGAGUUAGAACGACGACAUAUAUUAGAACAACAAGAAGGUCACGUGGAUCCUAGUCUCGCUGAACGUCAGCGCAUGUUAAAGAAAGCAAGGCUGGCUGACCAGCUUAAUGAUCAGUUGUCACAUCGUCCAGGUCCAUUAGAGUUAAUUAAAAAGAAUAUAUUACAUACUGAUGAACCAAUAGAGCGCGCCGUUAAAGAAGGACUGGUUCCUUUUCGCGCCACAUGUGAAGGACAAUUAAAUAGGCCGCAGCAUCCAAGCAGUUAUGUCACAUACGAAGAUGAUUCUCAGAGUUCAGAAGGCGGUGUUGAUACGAGAAGUACACCGCCGCGUUCUACGGAAUCUAAGCCUAUAGUCCAUGUGACUAAGGCAGCCACUCCAGCGCCUUUACCAACUGCAAGUUUCACAUUUGCUGAAUUGUGUCAAAGUGUUGUUUGUGGAAAUACCACAACUCCCACAUUUCUUCCGUUAGCCGCAAGUCCCGCAUCAAGUUUGAGUCCUUUGUCAUCAAUUUCAUCGCCUCCGUCGACUCAUUCCACUGCUUCUGUCACACCUAGGCCUACAGCACCAUCACCAUUGCAGCCAGCUCAAUUGAAAACCGAUGCUCCAGGCAAAGAUAAAAAUAGAAAAAAAAGUAAAAGUAGCAAAUCUUUACCAAAAGCCAGAACUAUUAAAUUUCAUGAAUACAAAGGACCGCCAAGCGCUCAGAAAAACACUGCUUUAGGAGCAGCGGCGGCAGCUGGGGAAACUUCUUAUGAGUUAUUACUACAACAACAACAAUUAUUCUUACAAUGGCAAUUGGAAUGGCAGCAUAAGUAUCCACAAAUUAUAUUGCCUGCCAACCAAAAGCCUAUUACUAUUAACUCAAGCGAGCCUGUAACAAUAGCAAGUCCUCAAAAUGUAACUGUCGCUGUAUCCUCUCCAUCUUCUUCAUCUCCUCCUACGAUUAACAAUGGAAAUAAUUCAGAUAUAUUUAUGAAACCUCUUGGUAAAUUAGAAGAUAUGAAAGUAUCUGAUUUGAAAAUUGAACUCAAGAAAAGAAAUCUUCCUGUAUCCGGUUCGAAACCACAGCUGAUCGAAAGGCUAAAACCUCAUAUUAUGAUAUCGGAGUCCGAUUCUGGAAGUGUAGAUACCCCAGCACCACCUAGUGUAUCAAGCGAAGAAUCUCUACAUGGAGAUUUUAGCGAAGAAGUUGGAGUCAAUUCGCCUCGCAACUCAUUAUCACCUGCAUCGGAUCACGAAGCAAUGGAUUUACAAGCUGAUUCACCUGGAUCAAUGUGCGGGAGACAAACUCCGGCACCUGAUGAAAUAGUGAAAGAGCAACAGAGAAAAAUUGAGGAGUUGAAGCGAGAACUUCAUAAAUCGCAAUUGCAGGUACAGCAAAUGCGACAAGCUCCUACUAAUAGUUCUCAAGAACCUAAAAAUCAAAAAUUAGCAUUACAACAGCAUUUACAUAAUAAAAUGAAAUCCCAAAAAAUAUCGAUGCAUCUCCAGCAAUUGCAAAAUUUGCAAGCACAGCAAACAAAGCAACAUCAAGAAAAUCAGCAAAAGCAACAGAAGGAGCACGUAGCAUUUCAACAAGGUUUAAGUGCAAAAAAUCAAGCAAAUUUGUUAAUGGUUCAAAAGCCUAUUCAGAUCAAUGGAUUUAAUAUUGGAACUAUAAUGGCCACACCAAAAACUGACAAUUCAACAACGAUAGUGAAUGGUUUACAAACAGUAAAAGGCAAAAAAAAUCUUGGAAUAGUUUUGAACAAACAACAAGCUGUCUUAGUACUGAACAAGUUAGCCAAAGGAAAAUUGAUGAAUGAACAUCACAGAACUGCAUCAUUGCCAACAAUUUUAGUACCAGCAAAUUUAUUGACAUCAGAACAAACAAAUGUAAUAUCAUCUCCACAAAAUAUUUCAAAUGAAAUAAAUUUAGCGCAUGAUGAUAUGCCUACGAUUACAAUUGAACCAAAAAUAGAGCCUGAAUCAAAUGAAGUUCUUGAUAUAAAAUCUCCACCUCAGUAUGAAAUCGCUACGAGUCAGCUGAAAAAACCUCAAAGUAAAAGUCAUAUUAAAUCACAGAUAGUUGAUGAUGUUCUCGAAAUAUUAAUUAAAAAUGGAGAACUUCCUCCAAGUGCUGCCCAGGACCCAGCUACUCCAACCACACCCGGAACUGCUGUUUUAAAUAAUGGCCUUGUUUACCAAAACUCGAGCCUUAUUCCUCCACCGCCUCCAUUGCCCUACACUGCUUCAAAUGCAAAUAUUUUAACACCUGACGUAACAAAUCAAAUGGACAAUUGCACUCGUUUGCUGCAGGAUAUUGCUUCAGCGGAGCAUUUGGAUCAUGAUCAAUUUGACCAAGAUCAGAAAGUAGUUUCUGACUUGCUAUUAGAACAACAAAACGAGGAGGGACAUUUAGAUUUAAAAGCAUUAGGCUUAGAUUUAGAAACAUUUGAUUGUUUGGACUUUGGUUCAUUAGACUGUGAUAAAUUAGAAUCGGAACUGGAUAUGGAAAUUGGAAUGGAUGGAGUACAAAAUCAGGACAAUAGUAAUAUGGACUCAUAUGUGAAUGAAUUUGUUGAACAAAAUGUAAUCGAAAAUAAUACCAGCAUGCAAGAAGAAAAUGUAGGACCUCAAUCUGUGGAUAUGUUACAAAAUAAUAUUUCAUUAACAAAUCGAUACAAUCAAAGUUUAUCGAACAAUAAUGUUUGUAAUAAUGGAUUUGGUGCUGUUUUUCCUCCAGAGUUUAUGGAUAUAGGAGAUACGCCUAUGGAGAUGGAUGAAUGGCUUGACUCACUUAUUCCUGUUUCUGAACUUCAUGACAAUAACACCAUGUCAACUCCUCCACAUCAAUAUUUUGUUACGCAGCAACAUAUGCCAAUAUCGAUGGCUACUUCGCAAAAUGCAGAUUUAUCUACUUAUGAUCCACUACUUGGUACAAACAGUGGAGCAUUCGAUCUGUUAGGUAUUGAAGAUCUGAAAAUGCACAGUACGCCAUUGUCAUGGGAUAAGGUAGAUUUUGCUACAUAGUUAGAUCAUUACUUAAAUGGUAAUUAUAAUACUAUUAUGCUAAUAUAAAUCAACCCUCACGAAGUGCCUUGGGUUUUAUAUAUGACGUUGGAAUGAGAUUAGAAACUAGUUUUAAGUUUAUUUAAAUUUGAAAUAUAAUUUCAAGAUAGCCA